GGUAGCUUCUGCUCAAUAUUUAUUUUAUUUAUUUAAUUAACUUAAGUAUCCCCUUAUAAAUAAAGAAAACUGGUGCAAUGGCUCAAGCUGAAGAUACAGAACUCCGAGAUUUAGUGUUGGAAGCUUUGGAAAAGAAUGGAUCUCUAGCUAAAAUACGUGCCUUGCUUCGUGCGAAUAUUUUUUUGGCCUUUGAGGAUGAUUGUGAAAAUAUGAAGCAAAAUGUGAAUUUGGAUAACAUUUUAAAAAUACCAGAAGGUGUGCUCGCUUUGUCGAUUGUUCACGAGUUCUUGGAGUUUUGUAACCUUAAAAACACGCUGUUUGUGUAUAUGUCGGAGUCGCGUCAGGGUACGGAAUACAUGUAUGAAGGCCGAAAUAUGUUGAUUGAUCGGCUUCAGUUCUUAAACGGUAAUCAUGAUUCCAAGGAGCCUGUUCUCGUCACGUUCGUAAAAAAUAUUCUACGACCCCAUCAGAGGAAGUACUAUGAGCAGGGAGACGCCGGUAAUGUGGGCCAACACGAGUCGCUUACGGCGAAACACCGCAAAGAUGACCAAAACUGUACUUACAUAGUCCACGAAGACUCCAGUAUGUCAACUAGUAAUUCGACUUCUGACAACUCAUCAGAUGAAAAGAAUAAACUGCACUUGAAAUUACCUCUUGACAAUUCAGAUACAGACACGUCCAGUGACUCUGUAAGGGAGAAAAUGAGCUCUGAGUAUAUUCCCAACCAACACAUACUAUCCCAAGCCAGAAGCAAUGUUGACAGAUUUAGCCUUGACCAGUACUCCACAAACAACCAACAGAAAGAUAAUAUUAGAGUGAGUCAAAACAAUGACACUCCCAACACAAAUUUGCAAGACCAUGAAAUAAAGCAGAAUAUUAAUAACAGUAGUGAGUCCACAUCAUACAUAGAUAUUAAAUCAUUUAAGCCACCAGAUGAGACAGAUGUGACAAUACCGGUUAUAGCAGUUGAACAAAUUGAAAGUGUCCAUCCAGCCUUCGGAACCCAACUCACACAAGUAGUUCUCAACCUGAGGAUAAAACAAAAUCUGAGUCUAUAAUCGGCAACAAUGAAUAGUAUUACAUCAAUAUCUUUGAAGCAAGAACAUGGAAAAGAAAUUCAAAAAAGCAACUUACUCACAUCAGACGAUAGAGCUAAGUCAGACAAUGAAGUGACAGACUACAGUUUAGAUUUUUCACUAUCUCAAGUAUCUAGAAAUAAGAGUAUACCUGAAAGUGAUCUGCAGAUCCAAGAUCAGCCGAGUAACACAUCUCUAAAGGAACAAAAUUCACCUCUCUUAAGCCCCCACCAGAAUUCUCAAAGCUCUCAGAGUUCUGUUUCCAUAUCUGAUGUUGCUGACCUAAUUGAGUACAGUGACCGAAGUUACUUAUUCGAGCGUACUCAACAUAAAGAAAAUGAAACUGAAGAUACUCCAUCUAAAGCAAGCAAUCAAUCUAAAAAAAGUGAUCAGAAUUUAGUGCCAAGUGAGGACUCCGGUGAUUUUUCAGAAUCCCCUAUCCCAUCUCUUUCAAACUUAAGUCUUGAUGUGCAUAGUGAUUAAUCUAAAUCUAGUCUUAGAACUAACUGGAUUGCAAUUGGAUCAAAUUAAGGGCCAGUUGCAUCAGCCACAUUUGACAGAUACAUCAUCGUCACACACCAGACGUCUAUGGAACUUGGCAUACAAUAAAAUUUAACAAACAUUUUAACAGUGACAGACUGUUUGAUGCAACCGGCCCUAAGUAUGAUUCCUUAUUCAAAAGGCUGUUGAAGCAUAGUGCACCAUUGCACAUGUAACCAAGAUGUUAAUUUUAGAGUAAGGCAGAAUAUUUUUGAGAUGUGUAACUUGUUUUUUGAGAGUGCAUGUGGUUCUACUAUCUCAAUUGUCAUGUCAUUUCAUUUUAAAACCUAUUUACUUAUGUAUUUUUAAGUAGCUAAAUUAAAAAUCACAUUAUGUAAAAUGUCAAACUAAUAUCCCUUAGUAACCAUUAAUUUGUCAGCAAUGUUUUUGUUGUCUAAAUAGACUGAGAUUUUACCAAUUAAAAACAUUUUCUAUCUGAGUUGAUUGUCAAGUACUUUCUUAACUGUUUAGUAAAAUUCACUCUUUGAAUAUUGAGCUACAUAAUAAUAUUAAUAUUUGCAAUCACUUGUAAAAUCUGGAGUAUAUACAAUAUUUUUGGGAUAUGAAACCUGUCCUGUAAGACUAGCAAAUGAUUGCCACGAGAAUAUGUCGCCGCGAGAUAGACUACCCAUCCUUAUGACAUUAAACAAUUAGACAAAGACAUGUCAUUUAUCUCGCGGCGACAUACUCUCGGGACAAUCCUGUGCUAGCCCUACUGCCCUGAUUAUAUGUGACAGUAGUGCACAUCCUUGAAGUAAUUUUAUUUUCUUCUCUUAUCAUUGAACAAUGGUGUUAUGAUAUUGUAGCAUUUGUCACAAUAGAUAUGCAUGCAUGGCAAUAACUGUGUUGAAAUAAUGGAAGCUUGACAAAAAUUAAAAAAGUAAGUCACACACAAUAUAGUAACUGUGAAUCUUAUAAAACUUAUUUGUUGCAUUGCCAUUAAAUAUAACAAGUAUGUCCAUCUCUCAAUAAAGAAAACAUACUUUUUCCCUUUUGGGAAAUACAGUAAAUUAAAUUCAGUUACUUUGUUUUUUAACAGUUAUAUAAAUCUGAAAUCCGGACAGGGAUGGCACCAAUCAAACGAAAUUAUGUGUCAAAGUUUAGACAAGAGGUCCCAUUUUACAUCUUAGCAUAAGGAUGCUUGUAUCUUUUACGGUAAAUAUGGCGCUAUGUUACCGCACUAGUUAGGAAAUAUGCUCAUUACGCAAUGAUGUCAAAAAUUGAAAUGACCAUAUGUAAUGUAAAACGUUACGACGUAACGUACGUUACACGUAUCUCUUCGGUCGUAUUUUAAUUUGUCAUCACUAGUUUCGAAUUCCCUGUUCUCAGCACUUGUAGCGUAACGUAAUGUACUAUAUAGGUAUAAAGAACCUGUUUUUGCAAGCAACAAAAAGGGACUUUGCUUGGAAUGACGCAAAUUAUUAGAUAGAGGUCACUUGAAAUUAUAUUCUAGGAAAGGGAUAGUGAAAUCUAAGUGUAUAUUGUAUUAAUGUUAUUCAUAAUUAAAUACUUUUAAUUCUACAUUAUACCUGCAGUCUUAGUACUGAAGUUUUUGUAAAUAAUUGGUAGGUAAUAAUAUUGUAUUCCUGUUUUAUAAGUAUGAAAAUGACUGCUUUUCAAACCAGACACCACUUGGUUAUAAAUUGAUUACCUAUUUGCCAGUUCCAGGUGUUAUUUGAAUAAAGGUUGUGCCUUAUUUAUAUGUAACAAGAUUCCUUUGAAUAUAAUUGUCUACCUGAAUUAUAAUUGUCUACUAUGUUUAAAUUCUAGUCUUAAUAUACAACCGGUUCCGUCCAAAUUGCUCCAUUGUCAUGUCAUAAUAAUAUCCGGGAAAAAUAUCCGCAUCCAUAGCUUAUUUACUUUAUGAUCAUGAAUAAAAAAUUGAAGUCGC